CCCAGACCGAGGCCGGCGCUGAUGUGGGAGGGCGAGAUGUCGAGGAUCAGGUAGAGAUCCUCCUUGCCUCUCACUGACAUCCUGCCUCCUCCUCCUGCUCCUCUCUUGCACCGUGCUGGCAGGCAGGCGCGACUCGUCUUGUCGUCGACGGCAGUGCCGGCAUUGUCGAUCAGCAGUCAGUCAAUGGCGACACGCAGAUGGCAGCUUGGCCUCGGCAAGACUCUCUGGACCCGCUUCUGCUCGACUCCUUCAGUUGCACCGCUCGGCAGACAGACGGCUUAUGGGGAUUCAUCGAGGCUGUCCAAUUCGACGAGCUUGUACAACCUGACUUCACCUCGCGAGUCAUUGCCCAUCAUCAAAGGGCAGCCGACGGACAGAAGAAGACAGUUUGCGAGUGCUUGCACCUGCCGGCAGUCAUCGAGCCCGCGUCAGAGUGACGAAUCAGGUCCCAAGGGCCAAACGCUGGGCAAAGUCGAGCCGAAGCUGCAGAUCACCUUUACAUGCACCGCUCCCGCCUGUACGACCCGUCAUCGCUCGACGCAUCAGUUCAGCAAGAGGAGCUACGAGACCGGCAUCGUCCUCAUCGAAUGUCCCGAGUGUCAUACGCGUCAUCUCAUUGCUGAUCAUCUAGGCUGGUUCUCCUCGGAGGAUCUCACCAACAAUGGUCAGACGAGGACGAUAGAGGAAAUACUAAAGGCAAAGGGUCAGACCGUCACGCGAGGCUCCGUCCCCGAAGCUGGCGAUAUCGAGAUCCUUCCAGGCAGCACUGUCGAAGAAGCACAGUAGCGCCUUGAUGGUGAGGAAGAGAUGACUCUCCGAUCGGUCAGGCGCAAGGGCCAUUCAGCCCCAUCGCCACCAUGACCAUGUGAGCGGCGACAUUUCCAUGAGGGAGGGCGAGCCUAUCCGAAGACGGGUAGCUGGCUCGACGUCGACCUCAUCGAAACCGUUCUGAGCAGUGGCUAGGCUGGUCCGAGGUUCUAUACUAUCAAUGCUAAUGACGAUGUUCGGGUUCACGACGGACAAGACGAGAAAGACUCGUAUGCACUUUCGGUACAAUAAGCAUAGGCUAUGCAGACGCAGUCUCGCUCGAGCUUGAGCUUGAGCUCGAUUUGCUGACGACGCCUU